AUGAAUAUUGUGCCCAGCGGUCCGAGCGACUCGGCUCGGCCCAAACUGACCGACCCUUGCGCCGCAAACGGCCGCGAACUGUGGUACGACAUCCGCGGCACGGUUCGCGACUCUCGCCUCUUGAACGCGCGAUACGCGUGCAACUCUCAGAUUACGCCCGUUCUUAAGGACCGGUCGCGAGUGCCAGUGAACUCUUGUGUGAAUUGUUAUUGUGUUUUUUUGUAUCGGGGGUACGAAACAUGGAGUUGUCUAGAGAGAGUUAUCGCGCUAUGA